AUUUUAGACCAGUGUACAUACCUAUUUAUUACUCUAGUUUUUAUGUCCGUUCUACUAUGUUUUUUCGCGAUAGCCUCGUAUAUUGAUUAUUGACACAGGAAAAGAUUACUCAAUGUUCUCUGUGGUACACUCAAAACAUUGUUUUGUACGGUAAAAUAAACAGUUAAAACAUAGUUUGUUUUGGUGGCAAACAGUACUCAGUGAUUCGGAAAACCAGGUCUAUCUGAGAGUGCUGAACUGAUGACAUAAACACUUGCACAAAGUUGCUGGCUCUGGCAAAUGUUAAGCGAGGAACGUUCAUCCAAAGAGAGAGUAGUUAACUUUGCAAAAAACCAUCAGCCGUCAAAAGAAAAUGCAGAGCGAAUCUCAUACAUACAUUGUAAAACACAUUGGAUUGCCUAAAAUAAUUCAUAAACUGUCAAGCAAAGAUAAACAUGGGGCUACAGACAUUUUGAAGCCUAGUGCGAAUGUUGAAAUGAAAAAUGACAGUGAGUUGCUUGUUGAGGACCACCAAACACUGUCAACCUCUGUUCCCUUAGAAAGAGACUGGGCUGAGACCUGCCAUAACAUAUACGAUUCGCACUUUGUUGCAAUAAAGCAUGAGAUAUGCAGCGAUAGUUCAGACUUUGACAAUACUACAGCAAUGGCAGAUUUCAGUUUUGAGAAUAUUGUGUCUUCAGAAAAUACCAUUGAUCUUGAAAAUAAUGAAUUGGAGUCUUCUAUAACUGGAGCCAUUUUGAGUGGGGGUUACACUCAAAUACUUAAUCCCUUACCACUAGAAUGUAUGAGGAUGAAAAGUGGAGUCAAUUCAAUGAAAAAAGAUAUGGUUCGACCAAAAGAGGCAUCCAUUAAACCGACAGCACACGUGCGAAACAAACAGAAACAAAAUAAUCUCCUGUAUCAACCCCAUCGUAGAUCAUUUGAAGAAUCCCUAAAGUCAUCAAAUGAUUCUGCGUGGAAGCAACAAGGUACCACUGCUAUUGGUAACACAGAAGGGAGCAAGUCUUUUGACUCAGCUGGUCUUCUGGAGCAAGUAUCUGGCACAUACAAAAGUCAACUAGUCAUAAGAAACGGCCAGUCAGUUGUUGAGAAAAGACAACCAGUCAAUAAGAAAAAAAAAACAGUCUCUAAGAAAAGCCAUCCUGUCGACAAGAACAACCAAACAAUCAAUGAUAAAAAUCUUCCAGCCAAGAGGAAAAAACAAUCAUUUGGUGAAAAAAGGCAACCAGUUAUUAAAAAAAAACGAUCAGUCAAUGAGAAAUGUCAACCAGUUAAAAAGAAGAGGCUAUCCUUCAUUGAGAAGAGUCCAUCCAUCAUUGAGAAUAGUCAACCAGAUGUCAAUCAUUCAAUCACUGAAAAAAGUCUUCCGUGCAUCAAAAACACAGAGGAAACUCAACCGGGCAUGGAGAUCAACCAAUCAGUCACUGAGGAAAGUCAACCAGUCACUGAGAAAAGUCAACCAACUAUUAAGAACAGUCAACCAGUUUCUGACAGACAAAAAGUAUCCAACCCAAAUAAAACAAAUUACAAAUCCUUUACAAAUCCAGCCAUCACCAAAAUAAACUUAAUUUAUCGCCGUACCGACGCCACUCGAAAAUAUAGGAGACCCAUCAAAAGUUUGCUAUCAGAUGAAUCAGUUGGCAGACAAAAUGGCAUCGUUAAUUGUAAUGAAACUGAUGAAAGUAACGAUUCUGGUGACUCUGAGUCGAAAGAUCUUUUACCUGAAGCAGACAGAAGCAGGUCAGUCGAUGGAAACAGGCAAACGUACACUGAGAACAGAAAACCAGUCACUCAGAGCCUCAAACCAAUCUUUGACCAACAAAAAGAUGCCUCCUCAAAAAAAGAAAAAAAUUUGAAGUUUAAUAGAAGUAGCAGUGCAUCCGGCACCAAAAUUCAUCUUAUUUUCCGUCGAGAAAACGUCAUACGUAAAUAUAAGCAGACAAUGAAAAGUUUAUCACUUACUGAUAAUGAUCGAUCAGUCGCUGAAACCAGCCAUUCAGUCAGCAGCAAAAAAAAAGAGAUGAAGAAGAAGAAGAAGAGAAUGAGAGGGCAUCAAACAAAUAUUUCUCCCACUGGACUCAAACUAAACUUGCGUCGUAACAGCGUCACUAAUAAUUACGUUGUUGUACAGCCCGAGAAACAAGAUCAAAAUAAGAAACUUAAAUACUGUGAGUUGUGCGAUUACAAAAGUGAAUUUACAACUAGUUUGGUGAGGCAUAUGAGCAUCCACACCGUCGAUAAACCCUAUGUUUGUAAGUACUGCGAAUAUAAAUUCUCGACCAGGCAUGCCCUGAAAAUCCACACAAACAAACACACAAGCAAGAAAACCUAUUCCUGUAGGUUGUGUGACUUUAAAUGCACCCAUAAAUCACGGUAUAAAUGUCACAUGAGAACGCACACUUCACAGAAACCAUAUUCUUGUAAGUUUUGUGCUUACAAAUGUGCGCAAACCAGUGGUCUGCAAAACCACAUGCGAACACACACCGGUGAAAAACCAUAUUCUUGUAAAUUGUGUAGUUACAAAUGCGCGCAGUCUAGUGGACUACAAAACCAUAUGAGAACACACACCGGUGAAAAACCUUAUUCUUGCAAGUUUUGUGCUUACAAAUGUGCACAAGCCAGUGGUCUGCAAAACCACAUGAGAACUCACACCGGUGAAAAACCUUAUUCUUGCAAGUUUUGUGCUUACAAAUGUGCACAAGCCAGUGGUCUGAAAAACCAUAUGAGAACACACACUGGUGAAAAACCUUAUUCUUGUAAGUUGUGUAGCUACAAAUGUGCGCAAGUCAGUGGUCUACAAAACCAUAUGAGAAAACACACUGGUGACUGAGAACUCUUUGAAGCUUAGAUUGUGUGAAUCACACUGGUAUGCAAUUCAGUUGUACUCAUAUUUAAAAACGAACCAGUUCAGCAGCUUAAAAGGAUGGUGCCAACUUUACUAUAAAAAAGAAAAAGUAAGCAGACCAGUACACAGUCUUUGACAGGCAAAAAGUUGCAUUCUCAAAAAGUACUUACAUACUUAACCAGACGCUCGUACUUUAAAAGGCCCUGGUGAGAAACAGUGGUGCGAAACACUGAUGAGAAAAACUGGCGAGAAACGCUGGUGAGAAAUACUGGUGAAAACAUUAUCCCUCGAUACACACUGCAGAGAAACAUUGGUGGAAAUCCUAUCCUUUUAUACACACCGGUGAGAAACGCUGGAGGAAACCCUACCCUUCGAUACAUAAUGGCGAGGUACAAUGGUGAAAAACACUGGUGGGAACCCUAUCCUUCGAUACACACUGGUAAAAAGACUGGUGAGAAACACUGCUGAAAAACUCUGGUGAGGAAAACUGUCGGAAACUUUAUCCAUCGAUGCACACAUGAGUACUUAAAAUGUUGGGUGUAUCAGGGCCAAAUAUUCGCAAACCUCUCGUCAAAUGAAAGAAAUGAGUUUGCUGGGUAUCAAGACUGGUUCAAUGAGAGCUGUUUGAAAACUUGGAAGCUUAUUUAGUCGGACGCUCCAGUUUACGAAGCUAUUACCUCCCCGAACAUGUGGACCCAGUUCAGGACUGGAUCGUCCAAAUUUAUUGGAUGUGGAACAUCUACAGGUGAGGGUAAACCUGAUUGUUGGCGUGGCGAUACAGGCCGUGGCGGCGCAUGUUAUAUGAUGGAAUAUAUGAUUGAAUAAUU